ACUUUUCACGCCGCCUGCAGCAAGGCCCCGCAGACUCACACCACACUCUAGUCUGGGAGAAGUCAAUGUCACUGGACGACCCACGCUCCUCCUCAGCUACAGGCUCCUGCGCCGCUCACACUCCUCGUCCUCGAGCUCUCACACUCUCACUCAGCGCACAUCACAUUCACGCCGGAGGCUGGAGCUGCUCCUGUUCUUCCUGCUCAUCUUCCUUCUUGCUCCGAUCCAACAAGUGAGUCACAGGAGAUUGCAGCUGUAGGGUUCAGGUUCAGAUAUCAGUCUCUCCGUUGGGUGAUUAGGAGCUCGAGGCGACGCCGCAAUGCCCAAGAUGUUUGGUUUCUCUCGGCGACGGAUGAAGUUGGGGAGGUUGAAGGGUCAUCUACAUGAUCAUUUCCAUGCCUCUCGAAGCCCCUCUCGGACCACCAAGCGUUUCAGUCACCCCAAUGGAGAGGAUCCAUUGACUACCUCAGUGAGUGGUCGUCCCGAUGACCAUUCUUGGCGCUGCUCAUCCGAUACUUUUGAUAUCAAUGGUCGUGCUUUUGAGAGCUCAGAGAACUGGGCAGUGCUGUCAACAGAGGGCGACAAACCAGUUCCUCGUUUUGAUCAUGCAGCAGCCAUGGUAGGGAGCAAAAUGGUAGUAUUUGGUGGCGAUUCUGGUCAAUGUUUGCUAGAUGAUACUAAGAUAUUGAGUUUAGACAAGCUUACCUGGGAUUCUGUUGCUCCUAAAGUUCGACCAUCAUCAAAUGGACGUUCUCUGAAGUUGAGACCAUGCAAAGGUCAUUGUCUGGUUCCAUGGGGAAAGAAUGUUAUUCUUGUGGGAGGGAAAAGUGAUCAACCUUCUGACAAGAUAUCAGUAUGGACCUUCAAUACAGAGAGUGAACUCUGGUCACAUAUGGAAGCGAAGGGUGACAUUCCGGUGUCUCGAAGCGGCCAUACGGUUAUUAGAGCAGGUCCUGUUUUAAUUCUCUUCGGAGGUGAGGAUGCCAAAGGGAAGAAACUACAUGACCUUCAUAUGUUUGAUCUGAAGUCAUUAACUUGGCUUCCUCUGAAUUAUAAGGGUGCUGGACCUUCUCCAAGAUCAAAUCAUGUAGCUGCCCUUUAUGAUGAUAGAAUUCUAUUGAUUUUUGGAGGUCAGUCGAAGUCCAAGACCCUGAAUGAUAUUCAUGCUCUAGACUUUGAAACAAUGGUAUGGUCAAGGGUCAAAACCCAUGGUCAUCAUCCAUCACCUCGAGCAGGAUGCUGCGGGGCUCUUUGUGGGACUAAAUGGUAUAUUGCAGGGGGUGGAAGCAAGAAAAAACGGCAUCCUGAAACAUGGGUUUUUGAUGUUCUCGAAUCCAAAUGGUCUGUUUGUGUAGUGCCUCCUAGUUCCUCAAUCACUACAAAGAAAGGUUUCAGCAUGGUUCCAUUAUACUACAGGGACAAGAUUGUGCUUGUUGCUUUUGGAGGGAACAAAAAGGAACCAUCUGAUAAGGUUGAAGUACUAGUGGUGCUGCAAAACGAGCACUGUUUCAGUUGGCGAUCCGCACCUGAGGUGGAACCCUUACUGUAUGACGACUCUCCUCCAAGCUCAAGGGAACUUGCUGACCAUCUCAACAACUGCGCUCCUCUGUAUUCUACUAGCUCCGCAGCGAGGAGCAGUCUUGCAACCACAGCGGAAAACUCUUCUGGGAGAAAAUCCCUCCCCGAUUCACUGCUACAGAAUUCAAAUCUCGGGAGCUCAUCGCUCCGCAGGCAGUUUCGUCAGGAAGAGGACUGCAGCCUGGCCCAAAAACUGCAGAAACCAAUCGACGACGACAAGUACAAGGACGCCGACGACUGCUCUGAACUACCCACAAUCGCAAACCAAAAACCACGCAACGACACACGCCAGUCCCCAGAUGCUGUUGAUGCUAAAGCGAGGAGGCUGGGCAGGAGCUCGUCAGACAUCAACAACAACCAUCAGGACACGAGGAUAACCACGCUGAUCAGGAGGAACAUGGCGCUGGAAGAGCAACUCUCAGCCGCGCUCGCGAGCAAGGACGAAGCGGAGAAGAACCUCUCCCUGGUCAUCGACAGCAAGGAUGAGCUGGAGAAGAGGUUGGCCGAGAAGGACAGGGAGGUCGAGGCGCUGAAGGAGAAGGCAACCGGGCUAGAACUGGCACAGGAGGAGUCCAACAACCUCUCCAACACCGUCCAUGCCGACAACGUGCGGCUGGAGCGCGAAGUGGCCUUCCUAAAGGCCGUCAUGGACGAGACCCAGAAGGAAUUGCACUCGACUCGCGGAGUUCUUGCAGGAGAACGCGCAAGGGCAUUUCAGCUUCAGGUUGAAGUGUUCCAUCUGAAGCAACGCUUGCAGACGAUGGAGGGAAGGUCACCUACACCACGAAAGCCUCAGAAUCAGUAGAGUGCAGGAGUGUACAGUUUUUGAACAAUCUGUUGUAGAUUCAAUGUUGUACUAUAACUAUAACUGGUGCCAGAGCCACAUUGUGAUUUGUAAUAUUCGAUACAAAUGUAUUUCGCCACUGGGACGUAAUUGUGUAGAAUGAGUUUUUUUGGUCCAUGCAAGAUGCGUUCAUCCACGAGUUCUGAGUUGUUGCUCAGCUCAAGGUUUCAUCUGAA